AUGGUCUCCAAUGUGUCCCACGUGACCCUCCAUUUUGUACCGCCCAUCUCCCCCGACGCUGUGUGUCCAGUUGCGGGUCUGCAGCCUCCCUCCGACUGUCCCCGGCGCCCGCGCCACCCCUCCCUGCGGCCCUCGGCUUCCAGAGCCCGGUGCGCCCUCCCCGGCCCGGGCGCUCCCCAGCUCCCCGCGGGGCGGGGCCUCGCAGGCGGAAGUGCCCGGGGCGCCGGCGGCCGGACCGGCCGGGCCAUGGGAACCCGGGGCAGGGACUGCGGCGGCGACGACCGCAGUGGCGGCGGGGCUGCCUGGCGCCGGCCGAGCGCGGAGCCAUGGGCCGGGGCGGCACCGGGGGCGCGGAGCGGGCGGCGGCGGCGGCGGGCGGCGGCGGUGGCUGGGCCACUGCUGCUGCUACUGCUCGCUCGGCCCCCGCCUGCCGCCGCCGGCGACAGCAGGAAGAGCGAGGCUGGGCUGGUAUCUGAGCACUUCUCACAGGCCCCACAGAAGCUGUCUUUCUACAACUGGUAUGGCAGUGCCCGACUCUUCCACUUCCACGUGCCCCUAGAUACUGUACUACUACGCUGGCUGCUGCACAUGUCCCAGGACAGUGGCCCCACGUGCUCCGAUGUGGAGAUCACCGUGCACUUCCGCUAUGGCGCUCCUCCGGUCAUCAACCCGCUGGGUACCAGCUUCCCCGAGAACACCUCAGUGCAGACCUCCUUCUACAUCAGGGCACUGAUGAGCACCAUGCUCCUGGGCAACACCUCAAUCAAUGUUUCCCAUCCAGCCCCUGGGGACUGGUUUGUGGCUGCCCACCUGCCCCCCUCAUCCCAGAAGAUCCAGGUGAAGGAUUUUAUUCCCACCUGUGCCUACAUCUUUCAGCCUGACAUGCUGGUUAUGCGGGUGGUCGAGGUCUCCAUCCUGGAGCCUGAUGUACCCCUUCCACAGACCCUUCUCUCCUACCCCAGCUACCUCAAGAUCUUUGUCCCUGAGUACACCCAGGAGCUUCGGCUGGAGCUGCAGGGCUGUGUGUCCAGCGGGAGCCCGGGCUGCCCCGUGCGUCUCACAGUGGGUGUGGUCACCCUGCCCAACAACUUCCAGAAGGUGCUGACUUGCACUGGCCCUACCCCAUCUUGCCAUCUGCUGCUGCCCUCACCACCCUGGGGCCGGUGGCUCCAAGUGAUGGCUGAGAACCUGGCAGGGCCCCAUCUAUCAGUGGCCUUCAGUGUUGAGGCUACCCUCACAGCUUGCAGGGCACAGAGUGUGACCUUCCAGCGCUUUGUGCAAAACAGUUCAAACCAGAGCUAUGCGACCUCUGAAGGCAAGCUAUCUCCAGGCCCUGUUCACCAAGACCUAGGCAGGAGUGAUGGGGUGGACAGUGGCCCAUUCUGUCUCCUGAGCUACCCAGUUAUGAGAGAGGACAUGGAUGUGGUGUCUGUGCGCUUCCAGCCCCGGGAUGGGGUCUUGGUACUGGUGCAUUCAGACAUACCCUCCAUAAUGCAACUCCGUCUUGACACGGGCAUGGACAGUGGGGGCUCCCUCACCAUCACCCUGAGGACCAACAAGACAGAGUUCACAAAUGGCACUUUGGUAGCUGCCUGUGUGAAUGCUGCCUCGCCCUUCCUCAGUUUCAAUGCUUCACUCAAUUGCACCACAGCCUUCUUCCAGGGCCACCCCUUAUCUCUGAAUGCUUCAUCUCUCAUGGCCAACCUCAUCAUUCCCUACCCAGAGACAGAAAACUGGUACCUCUCCCUGCAGCUCCUGUGUCCCGAGAGUCCUGAGGACUGUGAGCAGGCCAUGAUCCGAAUAGAGACCACCUUAUCUCUGGUGCCCUGUUUGAAUGACUGUGGACCCUAUGGCCAGUGCCUCCUCCUCCGCAGACAUGGCUAUCUGUAUGCUGGCUGCAGCUGCAAGGCAGGCUGGCGUGGGUGGAGCUGCACAGACAACAGUACAGCCCAGACUGUGGCCCAGCAGAGGGCGGCAGCCCUCCUCCUCACCCUCAGCAACCUCGUGUUCCUGGCUCCCAUCGCUGUGUCUGUGCACCGUGCCCUCCUGGUAGAGGCCUCUGUCUACUUUUACACCAUGUUCUUCUCCACGUUCUACCAUGCCUGCGACCAGCCAGGAGAGGCCGUGCUGUGUAUCCUCAGCUAUGACACCCUGCAGUACUGUGACUUCCUGGGCUCUGGGGCGUCCACCUGGGUCACUAUCCUCUGCAUGGCCCGGCUGAAGACAGACCUGAAACACGUUCUAUUUGUCCUGGGCAUAUUGGUCAUCGCUAUGUCCUUGCAGCUGGACCGCAGAGGCAUCUGGAACGUGAUGGGACCCUGCCUCUUUGCCUUCAUGAUCAUGGCAUCCAUGUGGGUAUAUCGCUGUGGGCACCGGCGCCAGUGCUAUCCCACCUCAUGGCAGCGCUGGGCCUUCUACCUCCUGCCUGGCAUCUCCAUGGCCUCUGUGGGUAUCACCAUCUACACCUCCAUGAUGACCAGUGACAACUAUUACUAUACCCACAGCAUCUGGCACGUACUGCUGGCUGGAAGUGCAGCUUUCCUACUGCCACCACGGGAGGAGCAGGUUGAGCCCUGGGCCUGCUCACAGAAGUUCCCUUGUCACUACCAGAUCUGCAGGAAUGAUCGGGAUGAGCUGUAUACAGUGACGUGA